CUCUCUCUAUCUCCAUAAGCAACACCAUAUAACACCCCAUCUUCCUCCUCUCACCUCAGCAACAAACACACACACUCCACUAAUUUGCUUCUUCACCAUGGUUUCUUCAGAAUUCGCACGCACAGCAGUCGGCAUCAUCGGAAAUGUCAUUGCACUCAUCUUGUUCUUAUCUCCUGUGCCAACAUUCAUUCAAAUUGUGAAGAAAAGAACAGUGGAGCAAUUCUCGCCGGUGCCGUACCUCGCCACCUUUAUAAACUGCGGAGUGUGGGUGUUGUACGGACUUCCGGUGGUCCAUCCUCACAGCUUUUUGGUCAUCACAAUCAACGGCACAGGUUUGUUGAUCGAGACUGUGUAUCUGCUGCUCUUCCUGAUAUACUGUGACCGGAAGCAGAGGAUCAAAAUGCUACUGAUCAUUGCCGGCGAACUGGUGUUUCUCGGCGUUUUGUCUGCCCUGGUCCUGACCGUUGCCCAUUCCACCAAAGUCCGGUCAGAUAUUGUCGGAAGUAUUGCCAUUGUUGGGAAUAUUAUGAUGUAUGCGUCUCCAUUGUCUGUUAUGAAACUUGUGAUAACAACGAAAAGCGUGGAAUAUAUGCCAUUUUUCUUGUCUUUGUUUUCGAUGCUGAAUGGCAUAAGUUGGACUAUCUACGCACUCAUUCGCUUUGAUCCCUACAUCGUUAUACCAAAUGGGCUUGGAUCACUAUUGGGUAUAACCCAGUUAAUACUCUACGCUACCUUUUACAAGUCAACACAGCGACAAUUGGCUGAGAGGAAAGCAAAUGCAGAGAUGGGUCUGGCUGAAACGGGUACACAGAUGGGUCCGACGAAGGUGAACAAUGUGGGCCAGGCCCAUAAUGAAUAUCCUUAGAAGAUUUUGAUUGGUAUAGUAUUUUAAACUUAGGUCCAUUAGGCCAAAGCCCAUUAUAAAAGAACUAUGAAAGGGCAAUGCUGUUUCUGAUUUUUCUUUUUCUUCUUUUUCGAGUGAUUAGUCAUGUGGUGCAUUGGAGAUGUU